GUUCCGCUGCAGGUCGGCAGAGGGAGGCGUCGCGCGCUCCUCGCUCUUCUUCCUCCUCUCCUCAGACGACACAAACAAGGCGGGGCGCGCACGAGCCGAAGGCCGCGAGCCCGCUGCUGCUGCUGGAGGAAGAGCGCGCGCGCACGCACGCGGGCACGCGGGCAUGGACGCACGGCCGCCGCGCUGCCACUAGAGAUGUAGCGUCGCCAGGAUGCCGGCCAGCUUCGUGUCUCGCGUCCUCCUCUUCGCCUCGAUCUGCGCCGCAAAGUCUCUUCCAGACCCGGGAGCAGUCGAGGUGCAGAUUAAAAUCCAGGUGUUCGACAACAGCGACCUGUCUCCGCUGGCGGACGCUCAGGUGGAAGUCCACGGCAACCAGACCGUCCUGGCGUCCAGCCGGGCCGGCGGCGACGGCGUCCUGAGGGUCAGCUUCCUGUACCGCACGGGGACCUGGGUCAUCAUCACGGCCUCCAAGCCGGACUACGUCACCAACUCGGUGCCCUGGCACUCCGGCCGCAUCCCGCUUUACGCCUCAGUCAGCCUGUACCUGCUGGUCCAGAGACCAGGAACCCUGAUCCUGUACGAUGACGUCCUGCAGGUGCUGUCCGGAUCGCCAGGAGCUCGCAACCAGCCGCUGGUGCAGCUGCAGAGGAAGUCCCUGCAGCUGGCGCCCGACUCCAACGACACGGCGCUGUCGGCCACGCUGACCACGGCCAGGACGCAGUACGAGAUCGGAGGCUUCCCGUUUCUGCUCGGCCAGGAGACCAACAGCUCGGGGGCAGAGACCGGCUGGACGGACUUGACGGCGCUGGCCGUGGUCAGCGUUCAGCUCCUCGACAAAGACGGCCACGUGAUCCAGGUCUCCGAUCCGAUCCACGUCUCCGUGCCGCUGCCGUCCGACACCCGUAACCGGAUGGCCACCAGCGUGCCCGCGUGGCUGUAUCAGCCUAAGACGGGACUGUGGGUUCGCACCGGGACGGGCUACAUCAAGAAGGAGGGCCAGCAGUUCGUGUGGAACGUUGUGGUUCCCCAGAUGGGGUACUGGCUCGCUGCGUUCCCCUCGUCUUCAGGAUUGGAUCUGUCUCAUCCGGGCCUGAGGGACAUCACCACCUACCACACCCUGUUCCUGCUCUCCAUCCUGGCCUCGCUGGCCCUGCUGGUUCUCAUCCUGCUCUGCGUGCUACUCUACUACUGCAGGCGGAAGUGUUUAAAACCUCGUCGCCAGCAAGGGAAACCCCACUCGGCCAAUCUGAACGGCGCCAAGAGGGACCAGGGUACCUCCACUUCACGCCUGAACCUGAUCUGCGGGGGCCACGCCGAGUCCGGCCCCUCCAACGACAAAUCCGACAUGUCCCCGUCUCGAGACUACCAGAGCUCCCGGGAGGACCUGACGAAGCACGUCCCGGCCCACAUGCUGCGGCACGCAAAGGGGAAGAACGCGUCGGGGUCCCAGCGCGGCGAAAGCUUCCCCAUGAAGGUGACGCGAGCCACGGAGACCAACAACCUGGACAACCCUCUGCUGCACGAAGACUACAACCGGAGCUACAGCCCCAUGGAGGGCAAGGAGUCCGAGUACCACCGGCACCACAACGCCAACGACAAUCGAGGGUACGCCUCGGAUCCCCCGUCCCCGCCUCGCUUCCAAUGCUACGUGCCGAACCAGACAGACAAGCCGCCCGAGUAUUCGGCGGCGGCGGCGGACAGCCUGGCCAGACCCACCUCGCUCAACACCCAACCGGGUCAGAUCAUCUUCUGCAGCUCCAUCGACCAGAUGAAGGAGAACAUGUACCGCAGCAUGGUGCCCACCUUGGUCAUACCGGCCCACUACAUGCGCCUGCCCUCCGAGUUUUCUAAAGACGGCAAGGACCAGAAGGACCAGGAUAAAGACGGCGCCCAGAUGGGAGGAGGCCAGCACCACCACCACCACUCCCAGAAACAAGGCCAGCAGCAAGGCGGCUCACAAGGGGAUGAUUCGGAGGAUCCGAGCUGGGCGUCCGACUCCUCCGGCGGACCCAUGACCAUCCCGGUGCUCUUCAACGACUCCACCAUGGCUCAGAUGAACGGGGAGCUGCAGGCUCUGACGGAGAAGAAGCUGAUGGAGCUGGGCGUCAAGCAGCACCCGAGGGCGUGGUUCAUCUCCCUGGAUGGACGCAACAACGCUCACGUGCGCCACUCCUACAUAGAUGCCGGGAAUGACCUCGGCGGCGGUGGAUUCUUAGGUGGCCCUAGCAGCGCUGGCCGAGACGUGAACCUGGAGCCGCCUCUGGAGGCCCAAGAACGCAUGUCUGCAAUUAACCGGAAGGGAAAAGACGAGCGCUGGGGGACGGGCGGACGGAAGGGCCUCGGCGUUGGCGGCGUUGGUGGUGGGAAGUGCUACUCCAAGCUGGCGUACCCCGACCACAGCGAGCCCAGCGGCAGCGAGGGACGCCCCGUCUCCCCCGAGGAGAACUCCCUCACCCCUCUCCUGGACGAGGGUCCCUCCUCCCGAGGAUCCACCAUCCCCCGGAGAGGACGCAGCCGCGUGAACAGCAGCCGCAGCAGCAACGGCGACUCCAUGACCAGCCCCGACGACGACCCCGACGACAAGGACGAGAACAAGAAGAGCCCCUGGCAGAAGAUCGAAGACCGGCCUCUCAUGGUCUUCCACCCCAGGAAGUGAGCGGGUUUCCGGACCUCCUGCCCCCCGGAAAACACUUUUUAACGAUCUUUCCACGGAGGGAGAUCCCGAUAAGCACAACCGCGCUUCACCCCUUCGUCGUUUUUUGACCUUUUUGUGUUUCUGGUGAGGUGCUUUUUUCUUUCUGAUUCCUCUCGUGGUCUCGCCGCUCGCCCUCGUAUCCGGUUCAUCGUGACCUCCGUCACCGAUCACUUCACUGUCACCAUCUGAGCCAUUGCAUACGCUGACUGUGGAAAUAGCCAUUUUAUAGAGCAACAUAUAAGAACGACGCACUUACGGAUAAUUUGAUCGUUGAUUGAUACCAAGCAUUUGGAAGUGGGUGACCUUUCUCAUUGGGUGGUUUAUUGCUUCCCCGGACCUAAAACACACCGACGGUAGAAGACGUGCGCCGGUGUUUUCCUUGACCGUCACUAGAUUACGUUUUCUUUCCAGGAAACGUCUUCCUUGGGGUCGAAACGUGUCCCGUGCUGCUUUCGCGGGUUCAGAUUACUUUCGUCGCAUCGUACCGAUUUGAAACGUCGAGCCUCGCCUCCGUAAAUCUUUUCCUCCGUUUUGGUCGACAGUGAGAUUUUCUGUUGUGUAAAUAGACUCCCGGACGGUUUUGAAGGAUCCUUUUUGUUUGGGGGGUUUAGAAAAGGUUUUGCAUGCAUAUGAAUGUAUGAAAUAAACAGAAGGCACCCAAAGCCCCCGAGGCUCCUGCGUAGAAGACCCCCUUCAAUUGCCAAGAAAACGUGGGAAAGCCAAAACACCACUUUACUUGAAGACUUCCUGUUUAAUAUUCCACUGAGAUCCAGCGGGCCACUUCUCCCCUGCAAGUGCCUUCUUUCACAUGGAUGGAGUGAUCGGCAUGCAGGUCCAGCCAGGCACUAAUAAGCACACCCUGCAUUGUGGCAACCACAACAACCACAACAACAACAACAACGACGACGUGUCUCUCUGGGGAGCAUGCCUGCCAAGAAAAAAAACAAAAAUAAACGGACAACUUCUUUCUCGCGGCUGUGACGUCCUUUAAUAUCUUCGUUUUAUCGUAUCGAUCCUCUUUUUCACUCAAACUUGUAAAUUAGUACAACGAACUAUAUGAGAUUUUACGGUGUUAACGACGUGCAUGUAACAUGUAGAAUAGGGUGUUUUUUUAGUGAUAUAUUUUCUUUUUUAUUAUUGAUCUAGGAUGUUUGGCACAAAUAAAACGCACACAAUAAAAAUGUUAAAAGUGAUGCGCAGACGCAUCGAGUUGCCAAAACGAACUGAAGAUACACUGAAUUCAAUCCAGCGCCAACGAAAUUCACUUCCGGUCGUAAAUGUUUACAGCGACUCCGCUCUGACCAACGCGCUCCUCACGCCGGUUUCCCAGCAUCAGCGCCGCCCGCGAGCGCCACCGCGCCGCCGGGGGUUUUGGUUGUGACGGUUGUGAAGCUGCUCGUUGGGUCCUCGGCACCAUCUGAAGACGUGAAAGUCUGAAGAGCCGAUUCCUACUGAACUGUCGCGUCCACUGCUGUAAAUGUACGUUUUAUUUGGGACCAGAUAUCGAAUUAUUAUAAUUAUUAUUAUCAUCAUCACGAGUUGUGCAAUUGUGGCUUUCCCUGUUUGACGUGACAGAACCCGCUUCGUGGACUUUAGGAACCAUUGAACCACGUUGUGUUGAUGGUACACCAGAGCAGCUGGAGGCCGUCAUCACCCGGGCAGCUGUUUGUAAACUGUAAAUUGAUCCUUUCUGUACGUCAGAUUAAAUAUAAAUAAAUGUGUUCCCACGGUC